CGCGCGAUUCAAUGGGUUAUGAUGAUAUGUAAUCGCUCUCGCCUGUAACCGCAAGCUACGGGUGUUUGUAUUUCGGUUAACACUUUUAAAAUCUAUACCAAGCACUAUUUAAUUAAUCCAUUUAAGUCAGUCAAAUGAAACUACUUUCUAUAGUGUUCUUAGAAACAGUAUAAGUGCAGUUGGCCCCGUGAACUGAUUAAACCGGUGUGUAUUUUUCAUUCCUAUCAUAUCUACAUCCUACUUGUGCAGGGCAACGACAAACUAUCGUUUAAAUGACAGCCGACUUUAAAACUUCGCGAUUUAAACUAAAAUUCUCUGUAAAACCUCGUUUUUAAUCGCACUCAGAUUUAAUUAAAUGAAAAGGAAUUGACAUUAUCGUGGCAAUAAAAUACCGCGAUAAGUCACUGGUGUGAUAAAAACUUGAGUUCAUGCGCAGUUGGUAUCGUGAACUAUAUGUGUGAAAAAAGUGUAAUUUGUCUUACAAAUUCGUAAUAUAAUCAAGAUUAUUACAAGUGGAUAAUUUCUUCAGGUCUCGAGUGAGAACAAGAUUUCGAAUAGGUAGAGGAAUGCCUCUCUUCAAACCUAAAGUUUCACCGAGAUCUUCAGCUACAGAAAAACUCAGCAAUGGAUCCUGCCAAGUCGAGAAUCAAGUAAAUGGAAGUCCAAUUAAACAAAAUAAUUCUCGAGACAGUUCAGCGAACGACAAGAAUACACUAGUUUUUCACUGUCAGCUGGCCCAUGGAAGUCCAACUGGCCUGAUUUCUGGUUUCAGUAACGUCCGAGAACUCUACCAAAAAAUUUCAGAAUGUUACGAUCUGCCCCCGGAAGAAAUUCUAUUUUGUACAUUGAACACGUACAAAGUUGAAAUGACAGAGCUUUUGGGUGGACAAAUUGGUUUAGAUGAUUUUAUAUUCGCCCACAAGAAAGGGCAACCUAAAGAGAUUGAAUUAGUGAAAACCGACGAUGCGCUUGGUCUCACAAUUACAGACAAUGGUGCAGGCUAUGCAUUUAUUAAACGAAUUAAGGAAGGCUCAAUAAUUGACAAGAUCAAAGUCAUUCAAGUGGGUGAUCACAUUGAGAAAAUAAAUGCAACGAACUUGAUUGGCAAACGCCACUUCGAAGUUGCCAAGAUGCUGAAAGAAAUUCCUAAAGGAGCAAUGUUCACACUGAGGCUAGUCGAGCCGCAGAAAAAUGGAUUUGGAAAUAUUGGUCCUCGAGGAGAUCCUAAAAAGGGCAAAAAACAAGUCUAUGGUUCUGGAAAAGAAACUCUAAGGUUUAAGGCUGACGGUAGUGCCCAAAUAGAAAAGGUCAAGGAAGAUAAUGCAGUGACCCUUGGGGUCGAUAAAAUUAAUUCAAUUUUAGAAAGUUUCAUGGGUAUCAACGAUAGCGAAUUGGCGACACAAAUUUGGGAACUUUCGGAAGGAAAGAGAAAUAGUAUGGAAUUUGCUGAGGCGAUAGAUAAUUCCGACUUGGAAGCAUUUGGCUUUACAGAUGAUUUUGUUAUUGAGUUAUGGGGGGCCGUGACUGACGCAAGAUCUGGUCGCCUUCGAUGAAAUUAUAAUCAUUUCUUGUUUUGUAAUAAGAUUGACAAUAACUCCAGAUAAACUGUUGAAGCUUCAAAUCGUUAGUGAUAAACUGAUAUCGCAGACUGUGCCUUCGAUUAUUAUCAUUACAACUGUUAAUUUUUUAUAAAUCUGCCAAUAUCAAAUUUUAUAAAUAGCUUAUUCAAGAAAAAAGAAUUGAAGAAUCAAUUGCAAAUUAAUUUUCUGAAUGGAUUUCAGUAUUUUAAAGCUAGGUACAAUGAGAGAAGAUAAAUAUUUAUUUCAUAGAAAUUAUAGGAUUAUUUCUGAAUGUGAUUGAAAUAUCGAUAAUAUAUAUUUUAUCUCGUUACUGAUGUAAAUAAGACAAUAAGUUCUCGCUAAGAUAUUUUUACGCAUAUGUUAUAUUUACAAUAGACUUAUAUUGUAAAUAAGAAAUUAUAGACUGUGUAAAAUGUACAAGAGAUUACAAAAUUAUUAUUUUACUAGCAUUGUACUGUGAGCGCUCUAAAGAGAGCAUUAAACAUUGCAUUGAUAAUUAAUAAUAUACAAUGUAAAACAAGAUUAUCAUGAGUCCUUAAUUUUAAGGACAUUAAAUAAUGCAAAGGAUUCAGAACAAUUAAAGGAAUUCAGGGAAGGCAGAGAAUUCAGAAUAUUAAAAAAAUUCAGAUGAUUCAAAAUUAAAAUAACUUCCAGAUU